UGUCUGUCUGUCUGUCUGUCUGUCUGUCUAUCUAUCCAUCUAUUUAUCGAUCUAACAUCUCUCUCUCUCUAUAUAUAUGUAUAUACAAUAUAUAUAUAUAUAUUGCUGUCUGUGGGUAUGAGAGUAUGUUUGUCUGUAAGUAUAUAUUGCCUGAAUGAGCGUACAAUUGUGUGUUUGUGUAUACUUAAUGGCCUAUUUAGUAUGCGUUUCUCCAUGUGCAUAUUUUUUGACGUGUGUGUUUAUACGUAUUACUGUGCGUGCAUUUAUCUCUGUGCAAAGACUUAUAACUGUGGAUUAGUGUGAUUUUUUGUUGUUGUGUAUUUAUGAUUGUGUGUUUUAAGAGUAUGGAGCGUGUGGACAUUUCUGUAUUACAUCUGUAAAAGAUUUCUAGCUGUAGUAUUGUGUAAAGUACGUGUUUUUUUUAUUUUUACUUUUACAUAUUAAUUGUGUUUUGAGGAUAUUCGUGUGAUUGUGUGCGUGUGAACAGUUUUGCAGAUAUGAAUCUGUACAUAUUAUUUAAGCAUUUGUAUAAUUGUAUAUUAUUAUAAUUAAUGGCUGUGUGUAUGUGCGUGUGUUGGCUGGAUGUUUCCUCUGCAGGUGAACAGCGUUAUUGCUGGGUGUAUAUUUUGGCACGUUGUUUUUUUUUUAAUAUGCAUUUCUGUUGGAGUGCGCUCAGUAUUUUUUGUGUACAUAUGCGCAUUUGUCCUGCUGUCUCUGUGAACUUAUUCCCAUUUUUAUAUACAUUUUUUUUACAUAUUUUUAUUUGCCAGUGAUUGGUAUGAAUAGUCUGCAUGUGUGUAGUGUAUGCUUCUGUAUAUCUGAAUAUUAAACUAGCUGUGCGAUUGUGUAGGCGUGUAGUUUUGUUUUUUGUGUAUUUGUAGACUACGUGUACUUGGGUGUAUAUGUGCGCGUGAACUGAUUUCUAUCCAUGGAUGUAGUUGUAUGUGUUUUUAUCUCUAAUGGAUUGCGUAUGGAAUUGUUAUGAGCAUGUGAUGCGUGGUGUUUUAUUGUGUGUCUUGCUCAAGGCUGUUGUUUAGAGUGUGUAAAUGGGUGCAUUUAUUUCUGUAACCAAAUUGUAUUUAUACUAAACAGAGAUAACAAAAUCAAUACUCAUUUUUGUAUGCAUAAAAAAUGUUGCUGCUUCCAGUAAGCAUUCAAGGUCAGAUGGGCAAUAGCCCUUUUAAUGUUGUUUGGGAUCUUGCUCAGGGAUUGCUCACAGCAACAAAAACUAUAAAAUAAUCAUUUUAUACCGUUUUUAUGGCUGUGUGUAUGCACAAACCGUGGGAUUUCAGAAAGAUAAAGGUGUUUCCCCCUAAGAAGUGGAUGCGACUGGAUGUAAUGGUUUCCUGCUUGCAAGGCCUCGGUUACGAUCAUUAUUACAAUGUGCCCAUAGUCAUAGUCUGACAUUCCACAAAUACACCACCAACAGCGACGGGGGCUGCAGGGACAGGGAGGCUGCUGAACAAAUAAGCCACAACUGCAGCAGCACAGCCUCUCCAGCUCAGCUAUGCGACCCCCAAAGCUUUUCUUGAACAAUGCCUGGGCCACUGUAGUUGCCCAACUGAUAAUAUAUUUUAGGGUUCACUAUCAUGGCACCUUCAGCUUUCAAAUACCGGGUCACUGACUGUAUGAUGUUCCCUAGUUUUUCAUCAGGAAGAAAGAAAAAAAAAAUCAUCACACUGAACACAAAUAAAAGAUUAUCUACGGCAUUAAAUGAACCUUGUUGUGUCCAAAAUGUCUCUGUAAAACGAAUUAAUAUUUGAUGAAAUGAUGCACCAGAAUCAUAUACAGUAUAUCAAUUUUAUAAAACACUAUUUGUGCACAAAGCACUUGAAGUACAAAGCACAUUUCCAUUCACUCUGUGGGACAGACAAAUCCAAUACAUCUAUUUAUCUGCUUAUAAAUCAUCUAUGUAUCUUACCAUCUAUCUGCUUAUAAAUCAUCUAUGUAUUUUACCAUUUAUCUGCGUGUCCACAUACAUGUGUGUGCCCAACGCUAUUUCAUGGAGACAUAUGCCUUAUUUUACUCAAUAAAUACUCAACAUCCGAUCCUAGGAACAUUUGCUGUUUAACAGUGAAUUAUUUUUUUACCUUAAGGGCUCUGUAUGUCUUGGACAGUAUAAUUAUUGGUUCAGUCAGCAAGAGGGGAGGUCUGAGUCCAGGGAAAUGUUUUAUGAAAUUCUUCUGAAAACCUGAGUUUCGUUGAGCAAAAUGAAUUCGUUGCAGAAAGUGAGGAUUUUAUAUAUAAGUGAAUCGGUGUGUGUUCACGAAUUUACAAAAUUCAUAUUUUUUCCAAUAAUUUUGUUGUUCUCCAGUUGGUGUAUGUAUGUGUAUAUAUGUAUGUGUAUAUACAGUAUGUAUGUGUAUAUAUGUAUGUGUAUAUACAGUAUGUAUGUGUAUUUAUGUAUGUGCGUAAGGGAAUAUAUAUGUGUGGGGUGCAGGGCUCAUCCCUAUAGCAUAGCAGAGUUUAGCUGAAUUCCAACUAACAAUGGACUUGAUCUGAGCCGCACUGAGCAAUGUAACCAUCCGCCCUUGUUUCACUUCCCUAGGAAUCAGUGGGGCUUUUAUUAACAGCUACAAAGGCCAAAUAAACCCUGUGCGUCUGCGUGCGCGCCAAACAGUAAAUAUUUCCAAAGCAGAGAUAAAAAAAAAAAAUACAUUUAUUAGAAGGCUUAUUAACCAUGGGGUCUCAUUUAAUUUACACGCGCAAUGACUUCCCCCAGACCUGAGCUGCAAUUGUUUUGCACUUUUCUCUUUACUUCUGGAAACCAAAUCUUUAUGGCCCCUGUUUUAUGGCAAAGGAUAACUUUACAAUACUGAACUGCUCCCUCUGUUUUAUUACUAUUAUUAUUAUUAUUAUGAUUAUUAUUAUGAUUAUUAUUAUUGCAAUAUGAACCCAGUUAUCCCCCACACCUGGAGGUAUAAGAAUUAAAUAACACACCCAUGUUUAAACUAAGUAGAGAAUUGCAUUCGAUUUAAUGUGAUCGUUAGCUCUGCAGGCAAAUUACUUACACCUCUUGUUUUAUAUAUUUGAGCUUUUUCUAUGGUCUCAUUUCUGCCUACAGGGAUAUAAAUAAGCGCAUGUACUAUUCAGUAAAUGCCAUCUAUCUAUCUCUAUAUUUAUAAACACACACAAGUUAUUCAGUGCCAAGCAAAACUGUUUGUGACACAGAAUUGUGCAAUGGUACAUGAUGUAUAUUGAUGUAUAUACACACACUCAGCUCUGCACUGCCCAGCACACUCCCUUGCCAUGACGAAGUGGCAUCUGGAGAUGGCAGUAACAUUAGAAGAACAAUAUAACCCAGUGCAUCACAUCAAUGCAAAGUGAAUGUGUUACUAGAUCUCUCCCUAACUCCCAAGGAAAUGUAACAUUUAAUGGCUUAUGUCACGUCCAGCCCUGUGUGGCAUGUGCAAGUGUCCCAUCAAAUUCAGGAUGGAUUUCAGAAUGAAUUUCUAGCAAGGAGGCGCAUAGACGAUGCCUCCAUCCUACUGUGUGAUUAAUAAUGAUGUAAAAUAGUCCCAGGAAUGGUAGCGUUGCAAAGAUCUGAUCUUAUAAUCUCAGCUGGCCACAAUUAAAGGGGACUAUACAGUAGAACCUAACUAUAAGCAUGAAAAAAAAAACCCUUAUGGCUUUGCUAUAAAAAAUGAUGACUGGAAAACAGUGACCCAUUAAUAGCCUGCGGACUGAUUUAUACCUUAUUGUUCUGCUGCACAGUCACAUGGCCCCGGCAGCCAAUAGGAAUCAAGGCAUGCCUUCAACUUAUUAAGUGACUGUACUUCUUUGUAGGACCAAGUUGUUACAUGAAAUCUGCAGUUUCAUAAUUUCAGGAGGUCGGCACAAUAGCGAUGUCGACUUCUGGGACCCUCAGCAAUUAUUAUGUGGACUCUUUCCUAAUUCACGAUGGGGAUGAUUUGGUGCAGCCUAGGUUUGCCCCUGGAUCCCUGGCUCAGCCAACAAGGCAGACAGCAUCGGGCGAGCACCAUGACUUUACCCCGUGCAGCUUUCAAUCCAAAACGUCAGUGUUCAGCAGCCCUUGGAACCCAGUGCACCCCCAAACUGCUAACAAUGUGUACCACCCCUAUGUGCACCCCCAGGCUCCUAUAGCAGCCUCUGAUGGCAGGUACAUGCGCUCCUGGUUGGAUCCCAUGGCUGCUGGGUCCUUGUCCUUCCCAGGCUUCCCUUCCAGCAGGAGCUAUGGCAUUAAACCUGAACCAGUGCCUACAAGAAGGGGCGACUGCUCCACUUACGACUCUCGCUCUCUGUCUGUGUCGGACUAUCCAUGCGGCUCCCCAGUUGACAGGGACAAGCAAGUCGGCGACCCCCCAUUUGCUGUCACCAAUGGAGAGAAUCCCAGCAAUGGAGACAAACCGCCCAUUGAUCCAAACAACCCGGUUGCUAACUGGUUGCACGCGAGAUCCACCAGGAAAAAACGCUGUCCCUACACCAAGCACCAAACCCUGGAGCUGGAGAAGGAGUUUUUAUUCAAUAUGUAUCUGACUAGAGACAGGAGGUACGAGGUGGCCAGACUGUUGAACCUCACAGAGCGACAAGUGAAAAUCUGGUUCCAAAACAGGAGGAUGAAAAUGAAAAAAAUCAACAAGGAUCGCUCAAAAGACGAAUGAAUGAAUGAGAGAGAAAGAGAGGCGAGUGACUACCUGACAAACUCUGUGCUACUGUCUCCAGGCCUGCUGCGUCCCUCGCGCAGUCGCUCAUAUUGUCCCAAUAGCAGUUGCGUCACAAUCUUGGCUUUGCCAGUGCUAUCGCAGAGGUACUGUAAUGCUACAAUUCUUUCCUUUAACAGGGGGCAUUAGGGAUGGUCUGGCUUUGGAAUCUACCUGUUCUCCUCUACCAAACUACCUUUCCAUAGCGCACAACUGGGUACUGACUGUAUAAUAGACUAGCUGACAUGUGCGACAAAUUAUUAUUCGCUGUGUGCGGGACAAAACGGCUGCUGAUAUACUUGAAUAAUGUAUUUGUAGUAAAUCGAUUUGUGACUCAACUUGUGAGCUUGAUUGCAGUUCAAGUUUUCAUGGUUUAAGCUAGGACUGAUUUAAACUCAGGUUGUUUAAUAUUAACAAAAAAAAAAAAGGGGGUAGUUGUGAAAUUAGAGACACAUGUAAUGUUCAUUGUUGUUUUCGUAUAUAGAAAUCUAACCAAUCCUCGUUAGUGUCCAGUUUAACUCUACAGGGGUGUGUGGCAAUCAAAAGGCUCCUAUAAUUUAUACAUUUCUAUCCACAAAUCACUAAACUGUAGUAUGGGCUGUAUAUACGACCUAUAGGUGAAAAACUGUUGGGGGAAGGUUUUUGCUUUUAUUUUUUUUUGCACCAGUCAGCAAAUUUGGACCUACAAAUAAUAUAUAUAUAAAUCUAUAUCCUGGAUUAAACAUAAAUCCUACUACCUAUUCUUCUACUGACACCGUUUGACGCUCAAUAUAAUAAAGUUAAAUUAAACAUAAACUUAAAUUGGAUAAUAGCAUACGUCUACCUGUUUAGGAAAAAAAAAUCUAUAUAUAAAUUUUAAUUUAUGCAAAUAAUAUUCUUUAUAGUUUGCAAUAGUUACCUCAUGGCCUAAUGACCAAAUUGUUGUUUUAAGAUAUAUUUAUCUUUGUGUUGUUGUUAAAUAAAUGUUAACUUUUUUUAUGUUA